UUAAACUAGUUUGCAUGUAAAUAUAUACAAAGCUUUCAUGUAGGCCUAUGGAUAUCAUUUUCAUCUAUCAUCUAUGGUCUGAUUUUACUUUAGAAUUUUUUUAACUAUUUACAAUACCUAACAGCAAUUGUUAAUUGGUGCUGUGCGUGAUACCUUCGUUACCGACUUCACAUCUGUGAAUGUGUGAAUUAAGUGUGUGUCUGUCAUUUUCUGUGUGGUCGCUGCUGCAGCCGAUCUGCUAAUUUAUUACAACAGAUAUAGUAGUUAUAGCGACUUACAACAACAUUUAUUUUUAUAUCUACGACAAAAAAAAGAAAAGGGAAGAAAGAAAUCAUCCAUACUCAUCGCGUUAUCGUUUCUGCUCUGCUUUUUUUGCGAUCUGAUCGCUAUUGUGUGUUGUGUGUUGUUAUUGUUUGACUUUGAUUACAAGCGUUACACACUCAUAACCCUAUCAAAAUAGACCAAAGAGGAAAAUUAUUCAAAUGAUAAGCAACUAGAACCAACCGUGCAGUGACCAAGUUGGAGAUUAAUUGUUCGAGAAGUUGAAGAGUGAAGUUACAUAGGAGAUUUUAGUGUAGCUUUCUACGCUGGAGCAUAAAGUAAAUACAGAUGACAUUAUGUCGUCGCUGGCGUUCUUCGCUGAGCCGCUGCUCUUUGGCUUUGCCCUCAUGAACACCGGCGCACUUUUGUUCCUGCUCGUCUAUUAUGUGAUAACACUCUCGGAUCUAGAAUGUGAUUACUUAAAUGCACAGCAGUGCUGCUCCAGACUGAAUGCGUGGGUCAUUACAAAAAUGAUAGCCCAUGCUUUUCUCAUGAUCUUGCUGCUAUUUAAUAGCCAGUGGAUAAUGACUAUUCUGAACCUACCAAUGUUAUUAUGGCUACUUUAUGAAAUUUUUACCGUACCUAAAGGUAAUAUGGGAGUAUAUGACCCCACAGAAAUUCAUAACAGGGGACAACUGAAGAGGCAUAUGAGAGACUGUAUGAUCUACCUUGGAUACUAUUUAGUUUUCUUUUUUAUUUACCUAUACUGUUUGAUUGUGGCACUAUUGAAAGGAGAUCCAAUAAAUAGACACGAUGACGAUAUAGUGGAAUUCUAAAGCCCAAUGGACAACAAAUUUUACUCUUUUGGCAGUAAUUUUGUACAUCAAUUUUGUAUUUUAGUGAUGUGGUGACUUUAAGUUAUAAGUAGUUUGUUAAGAUGCCAGUGCAUUGUUUUUCGACUGAAAGUUAGAGGGCAGUAUGUACUAUUACUGCAACUUGACAUUAGUUUUGUAUAAAAAAAAAGGCUGUAUUAUAAAACUCUCAUGUAUUUCUAGUCCUAUCAUCAUAAUUGACAUGAUUACGACGUUUACGCAAUGAAAAAAAUUUUUUUUUACAAUGUAACGGAAUUCUUCAUCGAAAUAAUUUUUGUAUGAAAAUAUAUUUCUA